AUGCCUGGGUCAAAGAAGGGACAGAGUGUCUUGGAUGCAAACAGGAAAGUAAGUCAUGGUGACUUGUCUGUUAAUUGUAACGAUGUGUCUGAUGUUAAACAUGAUAUGGUUGAUGUUACUGUUUCGCCGUUCAGGGAUAAUAGGAACAUCAAACUCCCUAAAUUAGAACCACGGUGUUUUGAUGGAAACCCGGCUGAUUAUUUACAAUUUGUAAAGGAGUUUGAGAUCAUGUUGAGUGGUUUUUUAUUAAAUGAUGAAUUGAAGUUAAUGUAUUUGAUGAGAUAUUGCACUGGAGAUGCUGCAAGAGCUAUACAGUGUUGUAAGUUUAUGAAGCCAAAGGAGGGCUACGAUGAGGCUAUGAGCAUAUUACGCCAAAGGUUUGGAAGACCCUCGAUGAUUGCAGGGAAAUUAUUCGAGGCUGUUGAGGGUAAUGGUGGUCAGUUACAGGAUGACUCCCAGGCACUCACUGAGUUUUUAGAUAAUUUGCUAAUUUACAAGAAUGGAAUGAUUUCGAUGAAUCGAAUGAGUGACCUCAACUCGAGUUUUAUACUAGAAGUAAUAGCAAGACGUCUACCUACCCGACUGCAAAGGAAGUGGGUGAAGAUAAGCUCCCGUAUGGAGGAUGAGGGUAUCGAGCCAAAGUUUGAUGAUAUCCUGAAACUGGUAAAUACUAGUGUCAAUCAAUCUAUGAGCAAGUUCGCCAGUCUGUUAGAUCUCACCCAUAGAAUAGAGCAGUCUGAGGGGAAAACGUACUCAUUGAUGACGAAUAAGCCUCAGAGAGGUGGAUAUCGAGAAGGCUCCAUGAUGUCUAGUAAUGCAUAUAGAUCUAGUGAGUGUAACAGGUUUCGUAGUACAUCCUCAACAGAUAAGUUGCAAGAUGCAAGACAAACACGGUUGUGUUGUACUCGUUUGCAAGAGGUGCAUACAAAAGUGAACUGUGAACCAGUGAGCAAGUUCAGUGAUAAGCUAAAUGUAAACUCCAGGUCUGACUCCGAAUUGUGUGACGAUAACGGUGUUGUGAAGAAGUCUGUAGUUGCAACUGGUAAGCCGUUGUUGAAUAGAGUGUCACAGAAUAGAGUUACUGCUUCAGAGUGGAGUUCUGACUCCACAAGUUUACAAAAGUUUGAAAAUGAUGAACUUGACGGUAAAUUGAAUAUUUGUGGUGAUGAUCAUGAUAGUGCAGAUUUGUCUUUGGUUGAUCAUUAUGAGAUGCGGGAUAUGCCUACUACUGCUAAGUUAAAUAAAGGUUCUGUACAACUACAACGUGAAGUAGAAUUGAACGCAGAUGCAGUUCCAGAAGGUGUGCAUACUUGUGAGACAGUCAGUGUAAUUGAUCAGCAUGUAGCCCACCUAUCAUCAGAUGAUAGUGCUAAACCCGAACUAGUAGUGAAAGACAGCAGUGGUGGUAAUCUUGCAGUUGGACAACUAUCUGAGAGCCGAACAAGAACAGCUUCUGAUCCACCACUAAGUUCAUCACCUUGUGUCACUCAAUGCCCAUCAACUCAAGUAUCUUCUGCAAUGACUAUGGUAGUAUCAGUUCGUUUGAAAGGACGAAUAUCAAUGGUCAGUUUAGUGUGGAUAAGCCAAGUGUAA